AGAGAAUCAGCAGCCAGAAAAGAGAAAGGAGAGAUAGGAGAGAAUGUAUGGUGAAAGGCUAGCGCUUCCUUGCUUGUACCCAGGGCCUUUGUGAAUAAACCAUGGGAUGUAUCGGCUCUCGAACCCUCAGGGAGGCUUCUCUGAUUAUUUUCACUCAGAACUGUACAGAAUCUGACAACAAAUCAAUGUUCAUCAAAAUUCCAAAAACCUCUCCUGCAGAUGGAGUUCCUGUGCAGAAGGAUGGGGAACAGCAUGGCCGAACAGACUUUUCAUGGGAUGGAAUCAAUUUAUCAAUGGAGGACACAACUUCAAUCCUCCCUCGGCUGAAGAAGCAGAACUCCAACGCCUAUGGAAUCGGCGCUCUGGCUAAGUCCUCUCUGACAGGUGUGUCAGGAGUGUCUCGCUCUAUGAAGGACAAGGUGACGAAGCCGACCGCGAUGGCCCAGGGGCGCGUGGCUCACAUGAUUGAGUGGCAGAGCUGGGGCAUGCAGACGGUGGGUGUGGGGGGCAGUGGAGCGGGACGCACCUCCAGUCUGCACCUCCAACAAGAGCGCAAGCUGGAGAAUGACGCAUACAGCGACCUCAGUGACGGAGAGAAGGAGGCUCGCUUCGCCGCAGGUGUGCUUCAGCAGUUUGCGAUCUCUGAGGCGACGCUGCUGGCCUGGAGCUCGAUGGACGGCGAGAGCACAAGCGCUGGAUCGAAUCAGGGGAGCGUAGCCCACCUGAGCGAGGCCAACCAGGAGAGCAUCACCAGCCGAGACCAGACAGUGCACCAUUCCUCUGCAGAGGUGUGGCCUCACAAUUACGUCUCCCAGGGUCUUUACUGCCUUUCUUCCUCUGAUGCUUGGGAGCCAAUUAGUAAUGAACAGUCAGGUGUGGCCUCUCCUGCCACCGGUUCGUAUGUCAUGUCUGUCGGGACCGAGGGAGGAUAUGACCCAAAUGCAGCAGCUCACUUCCUGUCCCAACAGCAGCAGCAGCAGUAUCAGAUCCAGCACCUGCAGCAGAUCCAGCAAUACCAGCAGCAACAGCUCCUGCAGUAUCAGCAACAGAUGAUAGAGCAAAGACUACACAGUGCCACUCAGUCUUUACAAGCUACUCCCAACAGCACCAUCCACAGCCUGCCGCCCCGCACUCACCCCCCACUAGUGGAUCUGUGGGGGGCAGCGCAGACAGAGGCCUACCAGGCAGACAUGUUGGGCUACAUGGGUAUGCCUGUAACAGUAGAUGGAAAUCUAACAGCCCCCACAGAGGAGGUGACGACAGAUCACUCACCUUUACUGGAAGCCCAGGAAGAGGAAGAGAUCAAAGAGGAAGACAUUACGUUAUGCAUGGAACCAGAACCAGUGACAUUAAUUCCAUCUCCAGUAACGCAGAGAGAGGAAGUGACCUCAUUGGGAGGAAGCAGUCCUGGUCAAGCCCCUGGAGAAUUCAGCACAGAGCGCAAGGCGUCUGAUGUCUCACCGUCUGUAAUUGAAGAGCUUGAGGAAAAAGAGGAGGAGUCUGAAUCGUCGUCUGUAGAUGUCACGGCAUCCAACUAAGUGGCCGGAAUGAGACUUGAGCUUGUUUCAGUCAACUUAAUCAAACAAUAUCAACUCCUCUUUCAGGAAUCGAACGUGAUGGAAUUCAAGUGACUGCUCCAAUGCAAAAUGGAAAAUCAGAACUGAAAUUACUGCACUGCUUACAUGAAAACUAUUCUUAUUAUUAUUAUUAUUUUGUAAGCCUUAUAUUAUGGAUGUCUGAAAAAGGAAGGCACAGAAUGGGAAAUCCUUGGGACGUAGAAGGGAGAGAGUAAGGAAAACAAAGUUGGAGGUAUGUAAUUCAGGACGAUGAAUAUGAAGAACAGUCGGUUAAAUAUGUGCAUGCUUUUACAAGGAGUGAUGGCACUCGUUAUUCAAAAAUAAAGAAACUAUAGUUAAAUGAUGAUGAUGAUAAUAUGAUUAUUUUCUAAGACAAAAAAACUAAAAUAUUAAAUAUAUAAUUGUAAAAUAGACACUAACACAAGUUUUGACAACCCAUGCCCUUCAGAAUUUCAGUUCCCACACAGCAUAAGAGGUCAAAUGCACUCUAACACAAAUUAUCCCUUUUUCCAAUUCAUUUUCACCCUGUUUACUUCAAAACACAAUCCUUUACACAUAAAAAAACAAGAUUUGGUAGUUUAUGACACUGCUGGGAGAAACACUGGUUCAAUACAGAGGUUUCUGUGCUGUGAAACAUAAAAAUCAAUUAACUGAAACAAACCACUGCACAGCCUACACAGUUCUGUUGUCUGUUUAUUCAGUAUGUAAGUAUUCAAACCCUCAUUAACUCAAGCAAAUAGAUGUUGUACGUACCAAUCAAAAGUUUGGGGAACCUUCUUUUUUACUAAGACUGCAUUAUUUUUAAAAAAAAACGCAAAAAAAAAAACAGUAAUGCUAUUACAGUGUAAAAUAACUGUUUCUAUUUGAAUAUUUUCAAUUGUAAUUUAUUCUUGUGAUGCCAAUGCUGAAUUUCCAGCAACCAUUUCUCCUUUCUUAAGUGUCACAUGAUUCUUCAGAAAUCUUAUCAUUAUCAAUUUAAAACAAACAACAGUUGUGCUGCUUAAUACCUUUGUGGAAACAGUGAUAGAUUUCUUUUCAGGAUUAUCUAAUGAAAAGACAGUUCAAAACAACGGCAUUUAUACUUUAAGUAGAAACUGUCACUUUAGAUCAAGUAAUUGCAUCUUUGCUUAAUAAAAUAAUUAAUUUCUUUCACAAAUCUUACUGACCCUAAACUUUUGAACGGUAUGGUACAUGCACAAAUAUAUACACCCAUACCUGUGAUGUUCUCCCGUGCUUCCAUGCAAAAUUAUAAAGGAAAUAACGGAGAAAAAAUUAAAUUUAUUAAAUCACCCAACUUAAUUUUUUUUUUAGCCUUUAUUUUCCACAUAACUGGAAUUAAUUAAUUAUUAUUAUUAUUAUUAUUUUUGUUUUGUAGUAAUACAAACUUAUUCAUGCAAACACAGAUAUAUUUCAUACUGGAGUGCUUCGUUCUCUGUGUGUGGUUUGGCAUGCAUGAUGUUUGUCAGUUUACUCUGGAGUCAUACACAGCACUGUAUAGAUAUUUGCACUGGACCUCAGUACUCUGAGCUGAGCCGAGACUACUUGGCUACUUAAAUGAGAGAAAAAUUUGGGAAAAAACAUUUUUGCGCUUGCAUUGGUUGCUGGGUGAAGGACAGAUGCCUUUUAGAUUGAAAAUGAACUCUUUCAUAAGACAAAAAGACUGUACUUCAGUUCUGAUCCCAAAUUUGCAUUAUUUAAUUUUUUUUAAAUCACAUGAACAUUUUUGGUUUUGCUCUGGUUUUGUCAAACAUUGGCUUAAGGAUGGUUUUGAAAUAUCUAGAUUAAUCGAACUCGUGAUGAAUGACAAUUGAGAGGAGAAAGAUGGAAAGGCAAUGCUUCAUAACCUCAAAUUACUAAAAUAGAAGAAAUCUACAGUAAACAUUUUUGUCUCAAACAGUCCUUUUGGCGACUCGUACAUGUACUUGUUGUUACAUUUGCAGGACUAGUUCUUGAUGAUUACUUUAUUUUUAUAAUAAAGCAUGUCAUAAUUUCUGUUCCAAAAUAUGUACAGUAUUUCAUUGUCUACAGUUCCUUUUCACUAUAUAAUAAGGGGAGAAUAGAACAAAAUACUCAUACUGUAAAUAUCCUUUACCAAGAUAUCAAGGAAUAAUGUCUCCACGGAAUGAAAAUGGAAAUGGACUUUGGUUUGAGUCGAAAGUGACCUCUUGAACAACUCAGGUCAUUUCUGAACUGCACAGGCGUCUUCCUGUUUGUCAUGGUCACUGAUUAUACAGUAACUGAUGCUAAAAGCUUUGCGUUGACUGGGUAUUUGUUCAUAAACGGACAUGAAGCGUAUGCAUCCCAUAGCAGGAGCAGACGUCUGGCUCAGAAACAGAAGUAAUUACAUCAUCCUGCAAUGUGAUGUCAUGCAUGAUUCACCAAGGAUAAAAAAAUAAAUAAAAAAAGGACAACGUGUAGACGGUUAUUAUGAGUUUCUUUGGAGGACACGCUCACCUUUGAUGAUUGUGUAUAAUACAAACUUGCCGGUGAGAAGAAAUAGCGUUAAUAGCUAUAUGAAGUGUAUUUACAUGAAUGAAUUUAUUUAUUGACUGAUUGUUUAUGCAAUGUUGGGACAAUGUUUAUUUUUCUACAGAAUUGUGUGCACUCCCUCCUGUGUUUGUUGGGGUACAUAUUACUUCACGUCUGGACUCUUGAGGAGGCUCUGACAGAUUUUUGUGUACAGUAUUUGUAUACUUUUUGUCAAUGAAAAAAAAAAAUCAGGACACAUUUUCCUUUCCGAACAUCUUGUAUGGAAUAAUGUUUUAAUAUGAUAUUUUUUAUUAGGUUAUAUAACAAUAUAUAACAGCAGAGUCUACAUCAUAAUAACUCAAACAUAACUUAUUCACUGUCAUAAUAUAUUAUAAUAUACAGUACAUCUUAUAUUAUGUGAAGAAUUCAGAACUCCAAAGGUUGCUCACAUGAAAUAAUAUGUGCCCACUUAUUUAUUUAAGAAUUAUAGGGGAGGGAUUUCACUUUGCAGCCUGUAUGAUAUCUCUUUGUUAUGUUGAGAUAAAUGCACCUUUGGUUGUAAUGGUAUCACUUUGGUUUGGUGAAAAUAUGUUAUACUGUACAUGUGAUCAUUCAUCUUUCUCGUGUUUUUUUAUUUUUUUUAUCAUGAAGCAAAGUGAUAGUCAAACAUAACAAUUUCUUUAUCUUCUAUAUUUCACAUUAGUAUGCUGUUCUGAAAUCAGCACAAUUCCUUUCCAAAAACUUUAUUUAAAAAAAGUUGAUUUAGCCUACAUCACCAAACAAUUCAAAAACUAUAUCGUAUAUAACUAUAAGCGUAUAUUGUUUUUCUCCCUAUUAAAUUACAAUAUCAAUGAGUUUCCUACGUUCUGAGUUUAGUUUGUUUAUGAUGUGCAAACGAAGAUGUUUUAUAUGUCUAAAGCAUACAAUGAUUAUAAAUUAGUCUUAAUAAACUAACCCAUUGCAACCUUAAUAAACAAACUGUCAAUCAUUGAGAUAUUCCCUGUAUUCAAAAUUGCAUACUCCUCUAAACUAGCCUACUGGCAGUAAAGACACAAAUUACACUGCUAGGUCAUGUGAUAAUGACCAAUCAUGUAUGAAUGUCGUACGCAAAGAACAUACUUUUUUAUUGGUCACAAAGUAGCCUAAUUAAUUAGGCCUACUCAAAAUAAGUAGCCUACUUACUCAAGAGACUGCAUAAUUAUUAAUGCAUUCACUUAUCGCGUUUACGAUAUUCUGACUUGUAAGCACAAAAGUCAUUGCUUACUUGUUAAAGUUCAUUAACUUUAAAUGUAUUUAUUGUGCUCAUAUUUGUCAAAUGGAGGCCCGGAAGUCACCUGUAAAUCACUUUCGCAAUCCGAACGGUUUCCCAAAGGCAACGAAUUGUGAAAACAUAGCCUACGUUUUGAAAAAAAAAAGUUAGAAAAGUUACAGUUUGAUCAUUUGGUUGCAGAUCGCAAAAAAACUAAGGUAUGGUUUAUGAAUCUCAGAGCACAGAUUGAGAACUUGUGGGUACGGUGUAUUAGCUUAUCAAUAGGCAAGAUUUGUUAAACCAACGAAUUUAAGAAUUUUGGGAGAAUGGUUUAUUAACCAUAUACGAGGGGGAUGAAAUGCAAAACCGUGGCCAUGGAUUUGUGUGUAUUUUAAUUGUUUUUCCCUCAUCUCAUGAUUACUUUAAGCCUUACUUGGCAUUGUGCAGAUAACUAGAACCGGUGCUACUUUUGUGUAUCUUUAUCGCGUCGCAAACACAUUCUCAUUUACGAAAAAGCGCAACUGGUGCCAUCUUGCAUUUCAGUUAACGACUGAAUUAAAGAUAAGUCCUGAGUUUUACUGUAAAGUUGAUGCAGUGUUAAUCUUGUUGCUAAAUCGAUUGUUUUGUACAUUGUAGCCUAGUAUCGGAAAACAUGAAAACCAGACACCAGUGCUCUGACUCUAGUACUUAGUAAAAUAUUAUAAAGGAUUACGAAUGCACACUUUGUCACCUGAGGGAUAUUAAAUGACUUUGUCAAUUCAAGAGCACCAACUUCUUUAUUUACCCUGUUGUGCCUGUAAUUCCACUACCACAUUUUAAUGAUUCCAUUUCUGAAAAAUGCCUCAAAGAUUUUAAUGACAUAAUCAACCAAUCAAAGUAACACGGCAAUCACAAAGCCAGGUCAUACUGCUGCAACCAAAGGAGUGAUGUCAUGUUCUCUUUUAUUGCUUUUUAUGUAAGAUAAGGAAUACCCGAAUGAAUAAAUAACAAAAAGCCAAAUGUAUUUCCUUGGAUGUAGUGGUUUAUCACUUGUGUUUACAGAUGAACUGAUCUCAAAUGGAUUUUUUUUGUACGAUUCUACUGCCAUCUCUCACUACAAAACUGUCUGUUGGCGUGAUGCUGUAACCGCUCUUUUGUUCUACCUCUUUCCUUCUCUCUGUAAACUAGUGUACUUGUCUUUCUCUCCUCCUCUCUCGUUCCAUGAUAUCUGUCUAUUACUCAAACCCUGUGUUGUCUCCUCUUGGUCGAAGAAUCAUAUUCAGAAGUAGUAACACGUUGGAUAAAAAAAAAAACACUAUUGUGAUCAAAUUGGUUUAUGAUUGCGUGGAGUCAACACAUUUAGCGAGCUAUACAGGCACAAAUCCAUUGACUGACUGAGCUGUAAGAGGUGUGAUAUAAGAAGUGCUCUGUGAUACGUAUAUCUAUGCAUGCUUCACUGAAGGUUUUGAAGCGGGUUCUUCCAAUGUGCUCUUCCUCUUCCUCCAUCGGACUCUCUCUUUCACAUCUCUUUUUCCUGCACGAACAAAACACCUCCCUGACCUUCAAGAAUAUUACUAUUCCUUUAUUUUUCCCAAAAUAAUGAAGAAAAAAUUAAUAAAUGAAGCAAACAAAGCA